UGUUACCUCAAGAAGGUGUCUGAAGUAGAAGACAAAGAGUGAAUCCGAAGCUGGUGCUGCAGAGUUCUCUGGACCAUUCACACAACGAUCGCAAGAAUAAUUUGCGGAACUCAAACGAAUAGAUACACGGCAGUCUACACUUCAACAGUUGGGAGAAUGGCAAACUGGUCCCUGAGAACAAGUGAACAUCACGCUGCGCGUCGUUCCUGGCGUCGAGUUACAGAGGCCUUCCAAAAACCUGCACAGUCAACUAAAGCCGUCGCCUUGGAACAGGAUUUCAAGCGUCUGAGAACGGGAAGUUCCGGAGAAGACGCCGAUAUCAUGCAGAGUAAGAGACGUCUCACAGAGAGAGACAUAUGUAUUGUGGCUAGUCAGCUCGGAGCGUCAUGGCGCAUCCUUGGUCUACGCCUCAAUUUCUCGCCCGAAACCCUGGACGACAUCGCGAAGGCAACCGCCAUUCGCUUCACGGACAAGAGUUUUGAACAGAUGGCGCAGAACAUGCUGAGACUCUGGUCCAAGCUCCCGACAGCGACGGUGGGACGUUUGGUGAUUUUGCUGUGGGAGAUGGGACAUCACGCAAUCGCGUUGCAGCUGCAGCCCUGAUCGUCUACUUUGCAACAUUCAUGUUUGUGGCA